AUGGAGGUCAAGCGGGAGCUUACGCCCGAAAUCGGGGAUGGGGAUGGACCGAAAGGGAAUCGCGAGGGGGUACCGGAUUCUGAGUUUCCGAGUGUGAGGACGACUGUGAAAACAGAGGAAGAUAAUACCAUAGCGUCUAUUACGAGCCCAGCAAAGAAGAAGCGAAAGCCGCUCGGGCCUGGGUCAGUGCUUUCUCGAUCCUUACAAGAAAGGGGAAUCCGGGGUCCGGCAUCCCACCCCUCGACCAUCCCCACACUCCCCAACACCACAACCGACACGUCCCCUGUUCCGGACCAUCUGGCCCACCACCUCCGCGUCCUUUUCAUCGGUUUCAACCCGGGCGUGCAGUCUGCAAGAAGAAGGUGCCACUAUGGAAACCCCGGAAACCAUUUUUGGAAGUGUGUGGUGGGGAGUGGGUUGACGGGGGGUGUCGGUGUUACUUGUGAUGACGACAAACUCUGCCCACGACUCUACGGCCUCGGCUUCACCAACAUUAUCUCCCGCUCCUCCCCCAGCGUCGCAACCCUCCAGAAAUCCGAAUACUCCGCCGGCGUACCACCCAUCGUCGCGAAACUGGUAACGCACAGACCGCGAGUGGUCUGCUUUGUCGGCGUCAAGGUGUUUGAGGCGUUCUGGGAGGGGGUGCAGGGGGCGUGCCGUGAGACGGAGGCGGAUGGAUCUGCCAUCAACCGUCGCCCACUACCCGCAUCCCGCAAAUUUCAACUCGGCUUGCAACCCAAAUCCAUUCACUACGCACCCCGACGCCGCCCGACACCCGUCGAUGGGCCCGCCGAACGCGACACUGACAGCAAAGACGAGACAACAAUCAAAGAAGAGGAAGAAACGCUCUUAUUCGUGAUGCCGUCGACAUCCGGCCGCGUGGUGCAUUACACGCGGGCGGACAAGUUGGCGUUCUUUGUGAGGCUAAGGGAGGUUGCGGAUAGGGCUGUUCGUGCGGGUGGCGCUGCGUAG